AAUGAAAAAUCUUAUGUUCAAAUCGAUUGCGAAGUUCUCAUAAGUGAAAAAUAGUUAAUACUUUGUACAAUUAGAAAAUUAAUAUGGAUGUCAUAAUUAUCAUCCAUUACCUGUAGUAAUUUCAAGAGGAAAAGGAAUUUAUGUUUGGGAUUAAGAAGGAAAGAAAUAUAUGGAUUUUUUAGCAGCAUAUUCAGCAGUUAAUCAAGGACAUUGUCAUGAGAAGAUUUAUUAAGAAUUAGUUAAAUAAGCUUCUUAAUUAACUUUAACUUCUAGAGCGUAAGAUUAAAUAUAUAUCAUAAUAGAUUUUAUAACAAUAAAUUAGGAGAAGCUGAGAAGUAUAUUACCUAAUUAUUUAAAUAUGAUAAAGUGUUAUUUAUGAAUUCAGGAGUUGAGGCAGGAGAAUCAGCAAUUAAAUUUGCCAGAAGAUGGGCAUAUAAUGUUAAGAAAGUACCUGAAAAUGAAGCAAGAGUUUUAUUUGCAAAUGGCAAUUUUUGGGGUAGAACAAUUGCAGCAUGUGGAAGUAGUGAUGAUCCAGAAAGAUAUAAUAGAUUUGGGCCUUUUGGGGGAUUAAACUUUGAUCUUGUUGAUUACAACAAGUAAUCGAAUUUGACUAUUUAGUGUUAAUGCAAUUGAGACUAAAUUUAAAGCUAAUCCAAAUUAUGCUGCCUUUUUCUUUGAAGCAAUAUAAGGUGAAAAUGGAGUCAUAAUUCCUGAUUAAAAUUAUUUGAAAUAAGUAAGAUCAUUAUGUGAUAAAUACAAUGUUUUGAUGAUUGUAGAUGAAAUCUAAACAGGUUUAGGAAGAACUGGAAAAAUGUUAGCAGUAGAACAUGUAUAAAAUCUUUGUAAUAUUUAAUUAGGAUAAUGUCAGACCAGAUAUGGUAUUAUUGGGUAAAGCAUUAUCAGGAGGAUUUUAUCCUAUUUCUGCAGUACUAGCUGAUGAUUAGAUUAUGUUGUAAAUUAAGCCAGGUGAACAUGGAUCCACAUAUGGUGGUAAUCCUUUGGCAGCUAGUCUAUGCAUUAAAGCCUUAGAAGUUUUAUAAGAAGAAAAAAUGAUUGAAAAUGCUAAUAGUUUAGGGAAAGUUAUGGAAAAAAGAUUAGUAGAAUUAAAGAAAUAUAAUAAUGUAACUCAAAUUAGAAGUAGAGGAUUAAUGGGAGCCAUUCAAUUCUAAGAUGGAAAAGGGGAUGUUGCAUGGGAAUUCUGUCUUAAAUUAGCUAAAGAAGGUCUUCUUUGCAAACCUACACAUAAAACUAUUAUGAGGUAUAUAUAUAUUUUAUAUAAAUUUAUAGAUUAACUCCACCUUUGAUAAUUAAUGAAGCAGAACUUAAUUCAGCUUUUGAUAAAAUAGAGUAUGUAUUGAAAUAAUUAUGAA